AAGACAGUAUUAAUAUGUUAUUGAGUGAGCUAUACAUCUAUACAUCAAUUAGUCGCUGUCAUCGACAAUGUCUUUAAAUUAUCAGUGAAUCCAGACUCAGAUGACUUGAUUUUUAUUAUUGUUAUUGUUAUCAACUAUUUUAUUUGAUCCACAAUUGCUCUGCAGAUCUGACUGUAAUAACUGAAUCUGUUUUAGUAAUGAUUGACGACUGACUAAUUGGAUUCAUUGAUAUAUAUAUAUAAUCUAUUGUUGUUGUUGUUAAUACUUCUCUCUCUCAUCAUAUCAUCGGUGGUAACAAUGUUUGCCAAAACAAAUACAUCGGAGACUAAACAAGAGUUCCUCGAUUCGGCUAAAGCUCAUCGACAACAACGGGAACGGGAAAGACAUCACAGCCAGAGUGCCAUCAAAAUACAGGCUGUGGUCCGCGGUUUUCUUAUUCGUCGGUCGAUUCAAAAUGAAAUCCGAAAAGACUUUGACGAACUUAUGGGCGAACUCUUGGACGGCAACGACGACAAUGUCAUCAAAUACGUAAAUGCCAUCAAAAUCUACGAACUUAUCCGUCGUUUUAUGUUUGUCUUCGACGCCGACAAAGAUGGCAAACGUUUCGAGCGAAUGUCAAAAUACAUAAUCGCCACAAUGUUAUUGGCCGCCGAUAAUAAUCACCAGAGUCCAGAACUCGAAUCCAGACAAAUCACUUAUAUCUCGGUUGUCUUCAACAAACAAUUGGCUGUUCACUGGAUUCAACAGCUGAAGACAAUUCUGUGGAAGUGUUGUCAAUAUCUGAAACAUCUGAAGUCAGAGCUCCCGCACGACUACAAACAGAUUCAGCUCUACCUGAAUAUGUUGAUCACAUUUACGUCGACCAACUCUUGGAUUGUUUUGAAACAGUAUCCACAGAUUUACGAUCCGUUACGGCCAGUGGUCAACCAGUUGUGCAACAAUGUGAUGACUAGUCUGGUAACCAAAGGUCUGUACGCUAAUCUCCAGAUACUUCUAAUAAAGGGUUUGAUGCGUACAAAGCCUACCCUUAAAAAGCCGGCCCUAACAGCUAUAAUAACGCUGGCUUUGCGUCCAGUUAUUGCCUCCAAGUUCAACGAGUCACACAUGAAUAUGUUUUUGUUGCACAUCUUCUCCAUACCAGCUCUAGUCUAUCAUCUGAACACAAUAUCCAUCGACACAUUGACCGUACUGUCCAACGAACAGAUACUAAAACGUAGUGUCGAAAUCUUGUCGUUGGAUCAAAACUCGCGUAUACUGUUCAAUGCACUCGAAGGUAAUUACGCUCUGUGUUUAUUGGCCAACAUUAUACACUUGGCUUACAUUGAAAUACCGCUUAACACUAUGGCUGCUAAUAUGGUAGACUUUAUUUGUGUGAUAACUAAACUGCUGGAAAGCUGCCAGAAGUAUGUGGUAAGUAAACAGUCGAGUCUUACUCAUUGGCAUCCAGUGCUCGGUUGGUUCGCCCAGAAUGUGGAUCAAGGUUUACACGAGUCCUUAGGUUACGUAAAGUCACAAUUGCAAUAUCUUUGGAGUUCACAACUCAUUCAAUUGAUAUUCAGUCCGCUAUUCGAGUUGUGCGACAAAACGAGAUCUCAGUGCCGACGAGACAGUCUCGGGUCAUUUAGUUCGGGUGGCGGCGGCGGCACUAUAGCAACCCCGGGCGCCAAUAACUUUACGUCAACGAAAAAUUUAGUUAAUUUUACGAAAUCAAACUUUUUUAGAAAAGCCUUUGAAAAGGCCAGCCUUAGCGUCGGCAGAGGUAAUCAAAGUCUAACUGGUAGUCAAUUCGGAUCGUCACCAAACUGUCGGUUGGGUAGUCCUGAGACAACAUUGGUUGCGUUGAUUUGUAAUCUAUAUGAGACAGCACUCAAUACUCUAACACAAGUCAAGCUGGACAUACUGGCCGGUCUUUGCUAUCAGGAUCUGAUCCUACCGAAUCUGUGGCACUUUAUCAGUUCACUGGGUCCGCAAAACGGUAUGAAAGCAUUUCUGGAUCAUCUGAAUCUCCAUACGAAGACCUGUGCGCCCGAAUUUCAGAUACUGAUACUGUUCUGCGAUUGUGCCACCCAUUUGAUCACCAUAUUAGACGACAUGGAGAUGUAUGAACAGCAGAAGCCGUUCACAAUUGAAGAAAUGAUCAUAAUUUCGUCAUUUUUGAACAAUUUUGUCUUUAAGAUAAUCUGGAAUAAUCUUAUUGAUUUCAAGACAAUGAAUAUGAAUAACCUUUUGAAUUCAACGCAUGCAUUAUUAAUGCUUUUAUACAAACGGGACAGUAGGCGACAAUUUUCGCCAAACGAUCACUGGCUUAUAAAAGAUCUAAAAGUAUCGCAUUUUAUGAAAGACUUGGAAAACGGUCGCAAAGGAGCUCAUAUGUUGAUGCAAAAGGUUCCCCAUAUUAUACCGCAUAAGGAACGGGUAGUUCUAUUUCGAAAGUACGUCAAAAACGAAAAGACAGUCCUGGGACUAACUGAAUCUGCCUGUGCGUCGCCGCACUCAACACUAAUCACUGUCCAUCGGUCGCGUGUAGUGGAAGAUGGCUAUCAACAGUUGGCAACUCUUCCGUCACAAUCAUUAAAGGGUGUGAUACGAGUCAAGUUCAUCAAUGAACAGGGCUUAGACGAGGCUGGUAUAGACCAGGACGGUGUGUUCAAAGAGUUUCUCGAGGAUACCAUCAAACGGGUAUUCGAUCCGUCGCUAAACCUGUUCCGCGUAACAACUGAACAGCGUUUGUAUCCGUCGCCGACAUCGCAUAUCCAGGAAAAUCACUUAUCAUUGUUCGAAUUUGUCGGCAAAAUGCUCGGCAAAGCUGUCUAUGAAGGUAUUGUCGUUGACGUGCCAUUUGCCUCAUUCUUCUUGAGCCAAGUCCUGGGUCAACAGCAAAGUGCACUCUACUCAUCCAUUGAUGAAUUGCCUUCACUCGACGCUGAUCUCUACAAAAGUCUUACUUAUAUCAAACACUACGACGGAGACAUCACUCAACUGGAUCUAACGUUUUCCAUUGACGAAGACUGUAUGGGACAGAUUGUGACGCACGAGUUGGUGACCGGUGGACGGGCUAUACCAGUGACCAAAGAAACGCGCAUCAGUUAUAUUCAUCUGAUGGCACACUUUCGAAUGCAUACGCAAAUACACGAACAGACGGCCGCAUUCAUCCGCGGCUUCCGGUCGAUCGUAAAUCCCGAUUGGCUCACAAUGUUUUCGACGCCAGAGUUUCAGCGACUCAUUUCCGGUGACAAUACACCCGUCGAUUUACAAGAUCUUCGCAAACAUACCAAAUACUUUGGCGGUUUUCACAACAAUCAUCGAGUAAUCAUAUGGUUAUGGGAUAUCCUCGAGAAGGACUUCUCGCAAGAGGAACACAAACUGUUUCUCAAAUUUGUCACCAGUUGUUCAAAACAACCAUUACUUGGUUUCGCACAUCUAGAGCCACCAUUUUCCAUCCGAUGCGUCGAAGUGAGCGACGACAACGAUACGGGCGAUACGGUUGGCAGCGUUUUGCGCGGAUUUUUCACUUUCCGACCAAAAGACCCGAUCAAUCGAUUGCCGACUUCGUCCACUUGUUUUAAUCUACUAAAGCUUCCGAACUAUCAAAAAAAGAGUACUCUAAGAGAAAAACUUCGGUACGCUAUCGCCAGUAAUACCGGUUUCGAGUUAUCUUAAGGAUAGUUGUGUUCAGUAAAUCAUUGUGUGAUUUGGAAUAUGAAAGUAAUGUAUUGUUUGUAUUAUAAUUUGUUAUUAAUUUCUUUCUUUUUUUUAAUACCACAAACAGCACUGUUUUUAUCACAUAAAAUGUAAUCUUAUUUCUAGUUUUAUAAUUGAUUUUUAAUUUAUAUUUGUAUAUUAUUUUAUUGAUUUAUUUAUACACACAACC